GGGGCCUGGUGGAGCUCCUGAGAUGUGCUUCAUUAAAGCAGAGCCGCUGCUUAACUACUCCUUUGGAACAUGUCAGAAUAGGAAGAUCUUUCCUCACAUCCAUCCCCAAAGCUUGUUGGGAAACAAAUUUCCCCCUAUUAGCGGAGCCCCCAACAGAGGGCCUGGAUGUUAUAUAGCAGAAGAUAAGUAUGGCUUGGCAUACAACCUCUCCAAGAUCCCGACCAGUAAAAAAGGAUACACUCUUGGUGCCAGAACAGCCACGAGGUUUAAGCCAGUUAGCAAGGAUAUGACACCUUACCCAGGCAUGUACCAGACAGUCAAUGUUCGAGAGCAAACACACAAACCAAAUUUUGCUCCAUUUAAUGCCUUGUUGCCUCGCUUUUGGACAUACUCAAAGGACUCUUAUUAUCCUGGCCCUACCACAUACAACCUAGAGAUAAAGCCACCCAAGAGAGUCAGAUGGCCAAUGAAAUUUGGAUCUCCAGACUGGGCUCAGGUUCCAUGUUUACAGAAAAGAACCCUGAGAACUGAGCUGCCCACAGACAAAGACUUUAGAAAGCAUCGGAACCGUCUGGCCUACCUAAGCCUGUACUAUGACUGAAAAGCUGCGACUCCCUUCACAUGCGCCUCCUGACCACAGAUCCUCCAGGACAGAGCAAUGCAGAGCCCAGAGGUGCUCUUGUCUUUCUGCAUUGCUCUGACCCUCCUGUCUGCCAGCAUGGGGCACAGGGAGGGGCAAGGGCCUCAUAAGUACUACAUGACACUGUAAACACUAGUUUACAAGGCUCUUUCUCCCUGUGCUGGUUUGUUGUGUAUUCAUGUAGAAGGGCUAGUUCCUACUGAAUGUUCAGUGGGGUGGCUUCACUUGACUGAAAUAUUAUACUUGUGAUUCCUCGCCCUCUAAUUCCCAGCCACAAGUUUUAUGUUUUCUACCACUAGCCCGGGGCUUCCCUGGUGGCUCAUCAGUGAAGAAUCUGCUUGUGAUGCAGGAGUUAUGGGUUCAAUCCCUGAGUUGGGAGAUCCUCUCCUCUGGAGAAGGAAAUGGCAACCCACUCUAGUAUUAUUGCCUGGGAAAUCCCAUGAAAAGUGGAGCUGGAAGGCUACAGUCCAUGGGGUUGCAAGAGUCAGACAGGACUUGGCAACUAACCCACCACACCACUAGCCCCGGUGAUAGGAGACUAUUUAUUGUUCUGUACAUGCCAAGGCUUUGAAUGGCUUGCUGGGCCUUGUUUUGGGGCUUUGGGGAUGCAGAGGACACUUAAAGGCAGAGUAAAUAUUUCAGGAGUGCUUCAAAGUGUCCAAGUUUCCCAGCAUGGAGUGGGAAGGUCCUGAUUUGACUGCCUUUCUCUGUGCUGUGCUGAGUUGAGUCUGACUCUGUGACUCUGUGGACUCUAGCCAGCCAGGCUCCUCUGUUCAUGGGAUUUUCCAGGAAAGAAUACUGGAGUGGGUUGUUGAUUUGAUUGCCUUCCUCAUGUUCGUGUAAAACUCAAAGAACCAAUAAUCCCCCCUCCCCCUUUCCUAUUUCAUCAUCUAUUUAGUCUAUCGGUCAUCAUCAUACUGAAUUCCAAACGUGCCUCAGGCAGAGUGGCAAGCACUGGGGAUGCAGCAGGCAUCAGAGUAGACUCAUCUACUGGCUCCAUGGCCCUGGACUGCAAUGUGAGAAGGACUUCCCAGGGAGGCUAGUAGUUUGGAUCUGCUCCCGUCUUCCAGUUUGAGUCAUACCCUAAAGCCUCACAAGUUGCUCUAGGUGUGCCAAGGUCAAAAGUCAUGAGAGACAUGUUCAAAGUACUCAUCUAGACAUUGCCUUGUGUGUGUUCAUUUGCUCAGUUGCACUCCCACUCUUUGCAGUCUCAUGGACUGUAGCCCACUGGGAUCCUCUGUCCAUAGAAUUUUCCAGGCAAGAAUACUGGAAUGGGUUGCCAUUUCCUUCUCCAGGUGACCUUCCCCAUCCAGGGAUCGAACCUGCAUCUCCUAUGUUGGUAGGUGGAUUCUUUACCACUGAGCCACCUGGGAAGCCCAGACAUUGCCUGGAAGACAGGCCUUUUACUUCCAACACAAACCUUAAUAACUCAAGUAUAGUUUCUUCAGAAUGGGCAUUAAGUGUGGUCUAGCUUCUUGUAUUGGGAAGGUCCUUCUAUGCCUACUUAGCCUUCUUAUUUAUUUACUUAUCUGGCUGCGUUGGGUCCUUGUUGUGGCACAGAGGGUCUUCAUUGUGUCAUGCAGGAGCUUUCUUUGCGGUGCAUGGAUGCUCUAACUGUGGCGUGUGGGCCCAGUAGUUGCAGCGUGUGGGCGCCAGAGAAUGUAGGCUUCAGUAGUUGUGGAACUUGGGCUCUCUAGUUGUGGCACAUGGGCUCCAGAGUAUGCAGGCUCAGUGUUGCGGCACACAGGCUUAGUUACUCACAGCAUGUUACUCACAGGAUAACAUGUGAGGUACUCACAUGGAUCUUAGUUCCCCUACCAGGGACUGAACCCGUGUGCCCUGCAUUGCAAGGCAGAUUCUUCAUCACCAGACUACCAGAGUAGUCCCCUACUUAGCCUGAUGGCAAGACUUCAUGUGUCUGGAUAACAAAGAGUGAGAUGCUGCUAGUGCCUCAGAAAACUAUAACCUGCUGUACUCUUCAAGGCCAGCCCAUGGUAAGUGUUAGCUGGUGAACGAGGCACUGGAGGGUGAAACCUACUGAAUUAUGCUGAGAGGCCUAAUUCUUUAGGAGACAGGAUCCUCUGAAGAAAAUAGUGAGAGUUCACUGGAAAUCAACUUAAAAUAUUAAGAUAAUCCUAGAUACUUCAAUCUAAAAACAUUUACUCCAUUUGAUCUGAUGAUUUAAAGAUUUUUAUUAUCAUGUUAAAAGUAUUUUUAUGACUUGAAAUUAGUCAAGAUUAACCUUUCUCACCUCUCUCACACACAUCCCUUUCUUUUCUCCUUUGGAUCCAUAUAAAUGCAGCUUUUUUCAGAGGUGGUAAUUUAGCAUUUGUUAUUUUUCUGACACAGGGUCUUGGGCCCCUUCUUUGGAGGUGUUGACAAGAGUGAGAGAAUUUUUUCACACUGUUGUUUGGUUCACACUCUCAAGGCUUUUGCCAGGGAAGGAAACUCCCCUUUCCAAAAGAGUAGUCUGAUUUGAUAAAAAGUAAAAUUUUAACUUCCAUAACACAUGUAUACCUGUGGCGGAUUCAUUUCAAUAUUUGGCAAAACCAAUA